CACAAACAUCGUAUAGCCCGAGUUCAUUCGAAAAUACAAAGCGCUAACGCGUAGUCCGUGUGUGGAAUAGCGCUCGAGCUCCGAGCCCUUAGUUCAGUUGAUCGCAGAUAGCGGAUAGCGCGCUUAUUUUAUUUCGGCUAUAGUAGUUUCCGAGACUUAGCAUCAGCGAUCAGCGAUCCGUGCGUCGAACGGAACAGCUGUAUAGGUGUAGAGCAAAUCUAAAAUUAGUAGAGUGGUUGGUUUGGUUUAGUUCGAUUGCGCGCCUCACCGAGAGCACCACGUGUAAUUCAUCCACCAGUGACUUUAUGUGGCUGCCCGCACCGGCUUACAUAUGCGAGAUCGCAAGAGUACCUUUACCAAGGAGUACAUAAACAACAUUUUCAACCCUUUGACGCGACCGACCAGGCCUACUUCUAGACCGGACAAUCACGGUACAGCUCGUGUUGCUGAAGAGCAGCGCGCAGCACUUUCGGACGCAGAAGAGCAAGUCAAGAUGCUGAUGCCCAGUGCUGGAAUCGCGGCUUCCACCGAGACCGAUAGUCUCGUUGGGGGUUUGGGUACUCUGGGUGUCUUGGGGGCCGCUGGUGCCCUCAAUGGCACCGGCGUCCAGAACAAGGAUACCACCUGGACUAAGCUCUUCGUCGGUGGUUUACCCUACCAUACUAGUGAUAAGUCACUUAGAGAUCACUUCGCCGUUUACGGCGACAUUGAAGAGGCUGUGGUUAUUACUGAUAGACAAACUGGAAAAAGUAGAGGAUACGGAUUUGUAAUUAUGGGCGACCGAGCGUCAGCAGAACGAGCAUGUAAAGACCCCAAUCCAAUUAUAGAUGGAAGAAAAGCUAAUGUAAAUUUAGCGAUAUUAGGAGCAAAACCUAGAGGAAAUGUUCCAACUGGAUUCCCGUUUCCCAGCGUGAGAGCAGGAGCGUAUCCGGCCCUUUUGCCCAGUCAAUACGGAGUGCCACCAGGCUACGUCUAUCAAUCGCCGUAUUUAGCAGCCACAGCCCCAGGCAGCUUGGUUCCUCUGCAAGCUACGCAACUGACGCACGCAGCUGCCGUAGCUGCAGCGGCGACAUCGCAAUUUUACGAGUACCAAAACGCCGCAGCGGUAGCUGCAGCCGCAGCUGCUCCUUACACGGGACAGUAUUCUAACGGCUUCGAUGCUUACACACCGUAUACAGCAUCAGCAGGUACUGCAAGUUACAUGCCGUACACGUACGCAGCUUUGCCGCAGACUCCUGGGUUACCUACUGCAACAGCUGGAGCUUUCCCAGGAAUUCCUUAUCAGACGGCUGCGCAGGCGCAAACUCUGCAAGAGGCUCGAUUACAGUAAUUGAAGUAGUUCACGAAAUUUGCACGUAAGAAGCGAAUUUUUUUAGUGAUUACAGUAAAAUUAGUGAGAGAAUUGUGUACUUAAAUCAUUUGAAGGAAUCAUAUCGGCAUACAAAUGCUUGAGUUUGAUAUGAUCAAUGCUAUUCUCAUUUUUUAUGGAAAAUAUUUAUAUUUUUUUGAUAUUUAUGUAGAUCUGUUGAAGACUGCACCAAUAAAAAUUAUUGAAGGUAACAUUACCUCUAUACGUAGGUGCAAUUUUAAAUUAAUUUAUUAUUUGUAGCGAAUAAUUCCAGUUUAGUUACCACUUAAUGAAAAAAAUCAAUGCUCAAUUGAAAAGUAACAGACUUUCGAAAUUGCUCGUACUUUUGCAGAUAGUUUAUUUGUUUUACUGCAAGAGAUGUGCAAUAAUUAUUUGAACCUUAAAUUAAGUAGAAUUAUUUCAUUAGAUUUGAAAGUAUCUAGUUCUAGUCUUUUAUUGAUAGUACUUAAAAGUAUAUUUAUGUUAGGUAUGUAAAAAUUAUACGAAAAUAAUGACUUCGCGUCUCUAAAAAAUGACGCCAGUAUUAUUAUUGGAAAGAUUGACAAUAUCUACAUUCGAAUUUUCUUGCAAAAUUUUCGAUAAUCUUUCGUCUAUGUAUGUUCAGAAAUUACAUAGGUAACGCACAUAAAAUUUGGAAAUUGUUAUAGUGAGUUUUCAGAAACUUUUUCGAACUUUUCUCGACUGCCCAAUCCAAUAAAGAUUUCAAUACGAAUAAUUCUUUAUUGGGCUUACAUGAGUACAGGGUGUGUCUUCACUAUUUUCAAAUUGUUCAAAUGAAUGUUUCAUAUAGUUAUUAAACAAAAUAUAGGUACAUAUUUUAGUGAUUAAUUAGUAAUAAUAUACCCUGUAUAUUUCAGCUAGGUACUACCAGAAAAAUGUAUUUAUAUAUACAAGGUGUUUUAAUAGAAGCAACUAACUAAACUAAAAAAAUUAGAAUAAUUAGUUCAAUAUAGGUAUUUCUUAUUUUCUUUGCUUCUACUACGAAGCACUCUGUAUAUAUUGUACUACUCACAUUCAAUUUAUUGUCAUUGUACUGCACAUAUAGAUGUUUAGCGCACUAAUAAAUGUAAAAUUGUACCUUUAUUAAAUACAUAUUUAAUACAUUACAUUAUACCUAUAAUACUAAGUAGUACAACAUUUGAUUCGGUCGACAAUCGUUAAUUCUUCUAAGAUAGACAAUUUUUAAAAUGAAUUUAUAUUUAGGUACGUUCAUGUAGAUCUUUAAGAAAUUAAACAUAAUGCUACUAAGGCGAUUAAUACACAAUAAAGUCAAGAUUGUACAUUUUAAUACAAAAAAACUGGCAUCUACUCUGUUUUAGCAAGACAAUAUAAAUAAUUACAAUUUACUUGUAUGUUUUAUGUAUAAAUAUGGUAGAAGACACUGUUCAUAUUGUAACUUCCAUAACCUUAUACGAAAAAAACUUGAUUAAUUAGACAUGUAAUUUGUGCAUUCAACUGGUUUAUAUUGUUCAAGAAUGAUGGGAUAAUUAAUUUAAAUAUUUUAUCAUUUGAGCUACAGGGAGUUUGUUUUUAUCUUGGAAGAGAAAGCUCAGUCUAGGAUCUUCGCAUAACAUAAGAAUUUGUUACAAUAUGAAUUUAAGGAGGUGCAUAAAGACUUCUAGUCAUUCUUUACAGUUCAGCAGUUAUUUUAUUUAUUAGAAGUUAAUAAUACUCCUAUACUAAAAAUAUACCGUUAAAUUUUGCAAUUUAUGAGAAUUAAUUUUCUUUUUUUUACACUUAUUUAUUUCUUUGUCGGAUAUAAUUGCAGCUGAUACUGUAUAGUUGUUUUGAAUUUUGUACGAUCCGUCCAAGGGUAUUGCUAGUGCCUCUUCUAACAAUAAAAAAAACAUUUAUUGCCUAAAAUUAAAAAUUUAAUUAAAGUAACUAUAGUAAUUGUAGUAUCCUAGUUGAUUUCUAAAUGUGACAAUUCUUUGUAUAUUUACAAAAGAAAACAUUUCUUCACAUUUAAAUUAUGAAUUAUUGUAUAAAAACAUCAGUAAUACAUAUUUUUAACUAGUCGAUUUAAUUAUAAAUAUCUCUUUAUAUUUUAGUUAUUU